GCUACCUCCACUCCUCGUGCCACUUGUCGACACGCGACGACUCCGCUUAUUAUUUUUUUUCCAACAAUCGUGUUCCUCAGUGCGGAUAAAAACGUUGUCGCGACACGUUCCGCGAACCAAAACUUUCCACGAGUUUUUUGGAAAUGGACAGUUUUUCGAACCGAUCCGAUUAAAUCGAUCGCGACGAAAUGAAGCAAACCUUUCUCUUCUCGCUCAUUCUCUUCGUAAUUGACAAUUGCUCGUCCGAGAAAUUAACGUUGAGGAUCGAUUUGAACGAGCCCGUUGCUGUUACCGAUCCCAAGUUUCUCAGUCUCACCAUCGAUCCGGUAACUCUGUUGGCCGGAAAUGCGCUCAGCACGCAUUUCGAGAGAAGCGUAAACCUGGCGAGAGCCUUGAGUCCAGCGUAUUUGCGACUCGGAGGGCCGCGCACCGCUCUAUCCCACUUUGAGACCACCGAUCAAAAUUCCGAAGAAAAUGGAAAGAAGAGAAGGAUCGUGCUAUCCGAAUCCGAUUGGGUAUUGGCCCAUCAGUGGGCUGAAAAGGCAGGGUUGGACGUGAUCGCCUGCAUCUCGCCGGACGAAAAUCGACAAAAGACGAUCGAAGGGGCCGUAGAGGACGCGACGGAGAUAAUUUCUUUCAGCGAUCACAUGGGUUUUAACGCCAACUGGCAGCUGGGUUACGAACCCCAAAUUAGAUGCAAUCUAACGGGCAACGAUCUGGCGAGGCAAACGUUGGAUCUACGAAAAUCAUUGGACCAAUUUCCCAGAUAUUCCAACAGCGUGGUCACAGGGCCUGAUGUUAUAAUUUACGAUAACGAGAAGCAUCUAAAUUAUCUUCGAGAUUACUUCACUGUAGCCAUUCCUGCGCUUUCAGCGAUCACGUGGCAUCCCGACUUUGCGAGCAUCACUUUGGAUAACGGAGGAGCGUACAUACACCAGGACAACUUGCAAGAAGAUAAGGAAGAAUUGUUGAAAGCUAUAGGUCGAUUCGUAGACGAUCGACCGUUGUGGAUCGCCGAGUCGAGGCCGGAAGAAUGCAAGAAUUUGUACAUAGGGGCUCUCGUUUUGGCGAGAAGACUAGGAAAUUCGGCAAAAGCGAACGUGAACGUGAUCAUGAGGCAACCGACAGAUCUGACUUAUCCAACUCCAGAUUACUGGGUGUCUUUUCUCCACAAGAGCCUCGUCGGGCCGCAAGUGUUCGAUGCGAGGAUUCGAAACGAGGAGGAUCACGUGUACCUCUACUGCCAAUGCGCUUCGAGCAAAAACGGAUCGAUCGUGAUUUUUGGGGUGAAUCUGAAUCCUCGUGAGGUCACGUUCGAUCUGGAAGGGAUUAACGUCACCACGGUCCACGAAUACGUUCUUACGCCAGGUUUCGAUGCGCCCAAUCGAAUGUUUGCCGAGACCAUCUUCUUGAACGAUAAACUAUUGACUCUGGUCAACGACACGGUCCCCGAGACGCGGCCAAAGAUUUUGACCGACGCGAAAGGUGGCGUGGAUCUCCGUUUGCAGUCGGGCAGCAUCGGUUUCUGGAUUAUUCCCAAUUUGAAAAUAAAAUCUUGCACGAGGGAAGAGACGCUCGAGGUAAAUGACUCGACCGCGCGAGAAAAGGAGAUGGACGAGAAAGAUACGAAAGCACGCGGAUCCCUGCAAGGGAGAUCGAAGGAUAUCAAGAGGAAGCAGAGAGGUGACGGGUCGAUCUAUAGAAACAGCAUAAAGAGGGAAUUGAAGAGAUUGAAAAGAUUCGUGAAAAAGAAGCUGGACGAUUACGAUUACGCGAAAUCAUUGCCGAAGCUAAGAGCGCUGUCCAACUCGAGGGAGCAAAGUGGCAACAAAGGCCCUGCGGUGUCCCAAGAGGACGUGCAAAGCAAAUUGAAAGAGUACAAAGAUCGGGUGUCACGGUUGAGGAAUCUGAUGGCGUCGAGCGACGCGGAGUUGAGAAAAUCGAUCGGCGACCUCGUCACGGACGUGAUUUCCUUGAUGUUGAGGAUACAGAAUACACUGGAAACUAUGAGGAAGGAAAUCGAUCGGGAGAACAAGACGGAGUCGUUCACCACCGUGAAAGAGACGUUGAAGUCCCUUUACGAGCUCUUGAUUCACGCCAACUUGAACGAGUCGAUCGAUUCGAGGGAGAUGGAUCGAGGACUGGACAGGGCCAAGAGGGAAUCGAGCGGAGGAAUCCCUUUCGUCCUAGAGCCCAAAGGGUUCGAUCCAAGAAUCGGACGGUGGAAAGAUGGGGGGAGUAGGAAGAAGCAACCCAGUUUUCUGGAAUUGGAUAGCGGAGAGGAUACCUCCUUUUACCGAUUCGAUUCUCAAAAUUCCUUCCCCGUUAGGAAUGGAGAUUCCUCGUCGAAUACCGAUUACGCGAAUGACGAAUUCGAGGAUUUGGAGGAGCAAGUUUCAACGAUGGAGCGCGUGGACGAUGCGUGGGAUGAUUAUUACGAGCCCCCCGAAUUUUUCAAGAAUUCGAGGAACGAUCGAAUGGGCAUAAAAGUUCCCGAGCUGUGGGAAGUGGAAAGAGCGUACGAGGGUGGAAGGGACGAUAGAUGGAACGGAAGGGGUGGGAAGAAACUCGAGAUGGUGAAGAUUGAAUCGGAUGGCACGAUACGAGACACGAAGAGCAAGCUUUUGGAAAAAUCUUUUCCGAAAAAUCAUCGACCCAUCUACGCGUCUAACAUCCAACCAGACGAAUCUGUCAUCCGAUCGUUCUUCUCCGGGCGAGCACCGUUCGGGAACACGGUGUACAAGAAAGUUUCCAAUCACGAUCCGAGCUCUAUUUUCAAGGGAUGGAAUCCUUGGAUCGGAGCCGAUCACCCCGAAAACAAGAGAUCGAAAAGGGGGAAGACGGACUUGCGCGUUAUACUGGAUCAGGAGAUGAUCAAGGAGGACGACGCCAAUUCGAAGGAUUGCAAUUGCAGGGUUAUCAGACAUUCGAGAAGUUGCGAUUGCCGAUCGAAAAGGGGCGCCAUCGAGUCGCUGGAAUCGGUGGACAUCGACGCGCUCGCUCCUCCCACGAAACAACGCCUCGUCGUGGGUUUGGACAAGGACAUAGUGCGCGCCAAUUUGCAAGAGGACACGGACGUGGAGGUGUUCGCGGAUCUCGAGGGCGGGCGUAUAGAAAAAUCGACGCAAGAUUCCUCCAAGAUUGCGGGGGAUAUCGGGAAACCGUUCUCCCGAUCGAUCGAGUCGAAAAACGUUCGAGAUACGCGCCACGAUUCGAAUAUCCCCGCUUUGGAAAGUCGGUCAGAGGUGGCGUCGUUCGCCAAUCUGGACCCGCGAAUUUUAAACGCGAAAGGGGACGAGGAUCGGUCGACGGAAAGAUCGGUGAGACGCGAUGCGAACAAGUCUCUCUCCGAGGAGGAUGGCACAACGAUCAAUGUCGAGGGGUAUAUUGAAAAUUCUACGGAAAAUUUUACGGAAGGGAGCUGGGAGGAAACCGAGAGUUCGACGAAGGGUGAAAGUUGGAGCGCUGCGUUGGUCGAGACGACCACCGCUUCGUCGGAGGAGCAAACUGUCAACGAGAAGGGAUCCGAGAACAGUUACGAUAAGGUUGGUGACGCAAGUUCGAAAGCAAGAGGGAGCAAGCAACUCGAGCGACCUGGUAAAAAGGUGGCGGAAGUAGAUAAAGUGGGGAGCUCGCCGACCGGUUCGAGGAAGAGUAAGAAACGCGCGCCGAGAUUAAACGUGGCGAGACAAUCCGAAUUGUCGAAGAAAGUGAGAACGUUGCAGGCAUAGGAUCUGUUUCGUAAAUUGAGAGAGUCGCGCGUGUUGCUCCCCAUCCCGAUCUCGAGAUCGAGAUCGAUCGAGAAGGGGGCCGCGGAAUAUCGAAGGAAUCGUGCUCAACAGGUGAGACAAUUGCGGGACAAGUUGCGUGACAAGAGGCAGAUGAUGUUGAGCAAGUACGAGAGAGGCGUUGACGAAGUGGUCGACAAGGAGGAGAACGCGGAAAAGAGGAAAGUGAGGAGGAGGGAGGCGUGGGAGAGGAUCAGGGAGAGCGAGGAUUUUCGAGACAUGAUCGACCGCGAGAAAUUAGCCUACAUGCUCAUGUAUCGACCGAGCAAAUACGACGCGAAGAGGCAAGCUGAUGAGGAGGAGAUGUUGGACGACGUCGAGGUACCGGUGACCGAAAUUCUGAGGAGUAAGGACACUUGGCGGAGGAUUUUUAAUCCGAAAAAUGAGAAAAAUUUCCGCGAUCCCGUGAACGGUUCUUACGACAAUUUGGAGGUGAUACGAUCGGAGGAUUUACGAUUGACGGAGAAAAGAGAAGAAUCUGAGGAAGAGGAAGGCGAGAGGAAAGAUAAAGUCUAUUUCGCUCUAGUGGAGGAUGUAGAGAGGCCACGGAUAUUCUAUUACGAGGAGAAUCCAGGGGAGGAAGGGAAGAGGGUUAUGAGGGCAUCGUCUCGACGCUCGCCCAGCCAGCACACGUUCAAUCGUCUCCUGCAAAAGUAUCUCGGAAGUAUUAAAGUCGUUCAAUAUUCCGGGAAAAAGGAGGAAGAAUCGGAUCAGCUCCCCAAGGGCAAAGAGAUAUACAUAAUCGAUCCAUCCCGAUACAAAGGAGGGGAUCCUCCUUUGCAAUUGUACAAAAGUUCGAGGAUAUCGAGGCCCGAUACACGAGUCGCUUCGAAAAAGUACAAAAUUAUUUGGAGGCCUAUUACAUUCAAACCUUUCAGGAUUCGUGAAUCGACGCAGCACAAGCGCGAGGAUAAAAAUACGAGCGACGAAGAAGAAAUGACGGAAAAUCUUCUCAACGAUUUCAUCGAUUAUCUAGAUCCAAAAACUGUCGACGAGCUUCUGAAAUCGGGGAACGUCAUAGUGGACGAUAAAAUGGAAAAUUUCAUGCAUUCGAUCGUGGAGAAAGGAGAAGAGUCGCGGUCGGAAGAAAUCGUGGAAGCCGAAGAUGAUCGAGAAUUCGAUGCGCAAGGAAGCGAGCAACAGGGGGAAAGUUAUCGAAAUGUUACGGAAGGGAGAAUGCAAAUCGAAGGAGAAAAUACAUCUGAGACGGUGGCUUCGAACGAAAAUAUCGAGAGUAGAGAUAAUAGGAAGAGGAAGGAUUCGAAAAAGAUGGAAAUAAAACGGAAGCGAAGAAACGCCAUUACCGAAUCGAAAGAAAAAUAUUUCGAGCCUCCGUUUUUUCUGCGCAAAACGAGCGAGAAAAUUGAACCGAACAAUUAUUUAAUGGAUUCGAGGACGCAAAGUUCGAAGGAGAUUUCUGACGAAAAUCUUCUUCUUAGAAUCGAAGAAAGAAAGGGGGAAGAAAAGUUAAGUUUAGAAAAAUCGGCCCUUUCCGAUGAACGCGGAACGUUAAGGCAAGCGCCAUGGGUGGAAAGAUCCGGAAGAAGAGUUCAAAGAGAAGCGGUGGAGAAGAUCGGCGUGGAAAAUAGCAACGUGGAAAAGAUACAACCAUCCGAAUUGCAACAUCUGGACGAGCCUUCGAGCACAAAGAUUCCGACAUUCGGUGAAAUCGAUGACGUCGAAAAAUCGCUGAUUCAGAAGAUACCGCUUGAAAAAUUCAUGCCGAAAGGGAGCAUGGACAGGAGUAAGAGGAAGAAUAUAAGAAGAAGUAAGAAAGAGGAUGAUGGAUUAUCGUCCCUGAUAGAAAAGAGUAUACCGAAGAUAGGGAAUGUGGUAAUCGACGGAUUAAACAAAGCGGAAAAUUUCACCGGAUCGGUGGAACAGCUAAUUAAGAAUUUGGACGAGAAUUAUAAUAGGACGAUCGAGAAGGGAGAUCGAGAAAGGGAUUCGACCGGUACCAGAUCGAUAGAUCCUGCACAAAAUGUUUUUCGAAAUGCGAUAACGAAUGUAAGGAAAUUUUUCAUGCUGCUGAACGGAGUCACGAAUAUUCUUCGUGGAUAACAAGUUUUGUUCUUUUUUGUAACGUAUUAUAAUGUAUUUUAAUUUUGUACACAUUCUAUUUUUAUAAUAUUUUGCGUGUAAUUUUUAUAUUUUUUUGACCUAAAUAAAGAUGUUGUAAAACGUU